CAUAUGUCAAAUGUUUACAUGCGUCUUUCACGGCUCGAUCGGCUUCCGCCCAUUGCCAGUACAAGUACACCUACGCGCUACGCGUUUCACGGGCUCGUUUCGUGGCUCUCGAAAAGGGCAACGACAACGACAACGUUCGAAAAAAAGGGAGCAAUUUCACGGGAACGCACGACCUCGUGAAAGAAAUUCUCGUCGUAAGGAUGGGUAGCUACGCGAGCAGAAUCGCAUCGAUGUCCAACACAGCCGUCCACCAUGUGUAUCGGGGCUGUAAGCGCAAGUACAUUGAGGAAUAUGACUGCAAUUCCGAGUCCGAUUAUAUCGAACGAACGCUGCAUACACCGAAAAAGAGAAAAUUGCUCACGACAGCGCAGUACAUAUACAAAACUCUAUUCCAAGAAGAGAAAGGCAGUGACAUAACCGUCCUCAUAUUGGGAAAAGCAUGGAGAUUACAUAAAGUUUAUAUUAGUCAGAGUCCAUACUUUGCUAGUAUGUUUUCUGGUUCUUGGAGAGAGACUAAUGAGAAAGUCAUUAAUGUAGAAAUCACAGAUCCUAACAUUACAAUGAAUUCAUUGUCUACAGUGUUAGGCUCGCUCUAUCAAGAUGAAGUCACUUUGGAGCCAAAAGAAGUUGUUUCUAUUUUGGCAACAUCUGUUCUGUUUCAAUUGCAAGGCUUAAUAGACGAGUGUGCAGACAUUAUGAUAGAAACUACAAACAGUGAGACUGUUGUGCCAUAUUAUAAUGCAGCUGUGUCAUAUGGCGUACCUACUGUGAAAGCAGCUGCAAAACGAUGGUUGGAAGUCAAUUUAUUGAAUUAUGGAUGGCAACAUCCACCUUUUUUAAAAGAAAUUGCACCAGAUUUAAUGGCAGAAUUAGUUGUCAGUCCUGAUUUAGUUGUUUUGCAAACAGAAUUUUGCAUAUACCUGAUGUUGCGCAUAUGGUUAUUUUCGAAUACACACGAUUACGACGAUACGUUGAAAAUAGACGAUUACUUUAAAAAUCACAAAUGGACUGAACCGUUUUUAACAACCGAUGAAGGCAGAGAGUAUGCAGCGCCCUUCAAGGCACUAAAGAUGAAAUAUUUGCUUUUACACGAACAAGAUGACAAGAUAUUAUAUAAUGAUAAUGUAAUACCACCAGAUUGGCUGUAUAAUGCUUAUAGAGAACAAUGGCAUCACUUAUUAAGAGUUGAUGGAAAUCUAGACAGAGGUCCAGUGCAGAUGACAGAAGAAGAAUUUUCAAAAGAAUGCUUUCGAUGUGGUAGAUGUAUCGAAAAGCCAGGAGAACAUACUUGGAGAUGGAAAGCAUUCCAUUAUGGACUAGAUUUAGUAAUGACUGUAGAUACAACUAGCUUGCGUAUUAUGAGAAAUCACAGAGCAGACACAGAGCAUAUUAAGGCCAAUCAUAAGGAACAUAAAAUUCUGAUAAAAGUCCGUCUAUUUUCAUUGGAUGAGCAACGUCAAGUGAAACAUGUUCAAAAUUCGGGUAUGCUAAGAUUACGUUUGAGGAAGAAUACAGAACACAUCUUUUUCCAGCAUGAGAUAAUGUCUCUGGAUAAGCAGCUAACUUAUCCCUUGUACAUAUCAGUCAACAUGCAACUAGUCACACCACUCACAUUGGAAGAAGAGAUGACAUCGGCCGACGUCGUAUUUUCAGAUACUUAGCAUUUCAAGAAUAUCAUAUUUUAUGUAAAGGUAAAGAAUGUCGAAUUUUCUCCAUCAAUUGACGCUUUGUAACAUAUUCCAUUUGAUUAUGAAUGUUGGAUAAAAACGUAGGCACAUGUUACUAUUUGGCACAAUACUUAAUUAGGAAGAGAUACAAAUCUUUAGUAGAGAUUGCACAAAUUCUUUCUCUUACAGUAAUAUAUAGGGUCCAUUUUUAUUGUACAAGUCUUUUAAUAUCAAAUUCUUUUGUCAAUUUGGACUCGACUGUUUUUUAAGUGAAAAUUUUCUGUUGUUACUGAGUAUAGUUAACGGUUGAGAAUAUAACAGAAAAUUUUAAAUUUGGAAAUUAAAUCAAUAAUAUAUUAUAUUUUUUAGUUAAUUUUGAGUAAACUAUAACAGAAUUUUAAUUUUGAAGAUAUAUAUAGUUUAUUAUGAAGAUGUAUAUAGUAAUAAACAUAACUAUCAAGAUUGGAAAAUUGUGAGAAAUAAUUACAUUUUUGAUCUUUUUGCUAAGAGAAAAUCAAUUUUCUUUCCAAAUUGGUCAAAGAAUCUACCAUCAAAAGGUAACACAGUAAAAAUGGAACUAUAUAUACUUCUUUCUGUAUAUACUUUUAUAUCAAUGUAUAUUGAAUUUGAUAUAAUUGAUGCAUUUGUGACUCUAUGAAAGUCAUUCCAACAGCUGGCAAAAGAUCUAUCAUUAGAUAGAUUUUAAUCUUUCCCUCUAAUCAUUCCUAAACAUGUUUCUUUGGAUUGAAUAAAAAUGUAUAAUAAAAAUGAUAAUUUACUAGAUUUUAGAAACAUUGCAUAAUCAGAGAAUUCUGUUUGCUUCUUUAAUACUUUGAUUUAUUUUUAUAAUUAGUUUAUAUAUAAUUUUGAAAUGACAAAUAGUUUUAAUAGAAUAUAUAGAAAUCGACUCAUUCUUUUUCAAUGUUUACUGACAAACUGUAAUUACAACGUAAUCACUUGAUUUCUGUAUUAUUUUUUAGAGACAAAUAUUAAAACAAUGAGAUAACUAUUUUAAUUUGUAAAACUGUUUGCAUAUCACAAGGGAUUAUUGCAAUAUUAAUCUUUUUUUUUUAUGUAUUCACACACAAGAAGAAGAUAUAUAUUUAUAUGUAUAUGCAUAAAGUUACAUAUAUUUAUAAGAAAAUUAAAAAAAAACUUGAUGAUUUAUAUUCUCUAUUUGCCAGACAAUGCUAGAAAAAGACAAUUUCAUUAAUAUAACACAUUAUGUAAGAAAGAGGGAGUGAUCGAGCACUUUUCUGUCUUCCCAGUAAAGAAUUUUCUUCGAUAUAUUCUGGUGCCUGUUUCAUAUCUAUCUACCGAAAAAGAAACUAAUGCGUAUAAAUGAAUUAACUUUCAUAAUACGCAAAAAACGAUAACUUUUGUAGAAUUUUUUUUUGUAAAAAGAUUUUUUUACACUACUACGACAGUCUUUCGGUAAAAUUAUAAUAAAUUUUAUAGAUACAUGCA